UGCUGCUCUACAGUCUGCUGUACCAGCCUCCAGUAUAUAUUCUUAACGCCAACAGUAUAUAAUGAAAAUAGUAAUGUGUUUUUCUCAAGUUGAGCCUGAUGCCUCUCAGGCAAUCAUAUAUUUUGAUGCAAUAUAACUAGUUAUUAAGUAAGUGUAAUAAGUGUUUACUGUGUAAUCAAGAUAGAGCCUAUCUUCUGAGGUAUUAUAUGGGCAUCCUUUGCAUCAGUAACUUGACUAAUGCCAGCAAGGAUUGGUGUGACUCUUCCCAAGAUAUCCCAUGUGGUUCUGGCCAAAAGAAUCAAAUUAUGAUAUGCUGGCAUACAAUAUUGGAAUUCAUAAGAAAUUACUUCUUACAUUGUCAUAUUUAGAAAUAAAAAUGAAUUAGUUCUGUUUUAUUUAAUUAGCAAUGAUUAGUGCUGGCAAUAAUAUGUUUUGAUGCAGUGCAUGAUAGUGUUAACAAGUAGUUAAAAUAUCUGCAAGUACUCCUCCCAAUUUUUAGGCACUAAUGAUCAGUUUUUCAAUUACUUUUUAAAUUCUUGAACCUUCUGAGACCAAUGGAGCUGGAAUUGUUUCCUAGGAUGGAGAAGGUUAGUUGAUCAGAAUACCACAUAAUGGUUCCUACUCCCAGAACACACAAAGUUCAUGAAGUAGAUGGCACUCCAUGCAAUGGGUGCAAGAACCUCCAAAGAGGAGUAAAAAUACAAUCUCAGCAACUCUUUGCAAACAGAUUGGAAAGCAUGGAGACUCCUAAUCUGAAAGGCAAGACUGCUUUUAUUCCACGGCAGCGAUUGGUGACUCCCCUGAUUUCGAACACAUUGAAUCAUCUAAUCUCUAGUGUUGAAAACAGCCAAAGAAAGUCAGAGAAACCAGUCAGUCCAAAUCUUGAGAUGCUUAGAAUGACACCAGGUCUUCAACAGAAACAAAAAAUUUUACAAGAAAAGCAUCUGAAGGCAAAAUCCUCAUUGGACAAGAUUCCUGUAGGAGGCGGAGUCAGCCUAUGGCCAGACAUGGAUGAUAUGCGACUUACUAAAAGAGAAGUAGUUGUUCUCGCUAUAUCAUCUUUGCUCCUAAUUUUUGCUGUCAUCAUCCUGUUUGAAUAUUUGCAUGGGCCAUUACAAUUACAUUUAAAUUACUAUAGUGGGAGAGUCAGGACAUUCCAUGGGUAUCACCGUAUUGCAAGGAGCUCAGAAGUAGCACUGAACCAAUCACUCAUAAGGUGGCACAAGGAUUUCUGGAAGCUACUGGAUAACAUUCAACAACAGUUUGAAGUGCCCUCUCAUUGUGUGCAUGUGACCUUCAUCCUGUAUGUCACGUGUUACAUUGCUGGAAUAACAGUGCUGCUUUACUACUUAGUGGAUAACAUGAUUCAGAAAAGUAGACUCACUCCAAAGAGAAUAAAGAUCUGGUUGACUCUGCUGGUGGUUACUGCAUCCUGGACGUUUCUUAUGAUAAAGCUGCUGGUUGCUGCACACCAUCUGGAACGUGCAAUUGAGGGAACAGUGUACACAUUGUUAGAAGAACUGGCUGAUUUAGCAAUAACUGGUCAUGAUCUUCGCUGCUACCAUGACAUUGUUACCUACUGGCGAUUUCGAUGCCUUCCUCCAACAACCCGUGGAAUACUGAAUAUCUUCGGAAUAAUUAAAGUUCACGAUAUUUCCUUUUACUUUCACUACUAUAGCCUGCCAGUAAUUACCGCAUUGUGCACACCAGUUAUUAAACUAUUACUUGCAUUGAAGACCAUCUAUAGCAGGCCACGUGUCUGCUAAACAGAUUGUUGCAAUUUUAACUUUCUUCCAAAUCAGAUGAUUCAUCUAUACAAAGAUUCAAAGUUCAUGCCAUGUCACUUUUUAAGAAUAUAUGUAAUUGUUUUAGGAUUUUUAUGUUUGAUUUAUUGGGUAUUUGGCCAAUCAAUAUUUAUUAUAAUAUUGGUGUUAAAAUGUUACUAAUUCUAGAACAGAAAUUUCAUACCACUUACACUCUAGCUAGUCUAUAUAACUGCUUAUUUAAAAGUAAUGUGACCUUUUCAUUCCAGACAAGCAUUUUUAUAUGUAUAUUGCUGAAAACCGAUGUGUAGCUGAAACUUUUCACUGAGUAACCGAGUGGAAGGUAAAAAUCUUUGCCAACUUGUAUCCCUUUUCAGCAAUACUGAAGUUCUGUAUUCCCAAGCAAUUUUGACUUGUAUUUACAGCAUAUUUGUUCAAAAGAUUUUGUGAAUGCUGAUUCAAGAGGGUUUUGACUUUGGAAGGAUUUUAACUAUAAAUAUAUAAUCAUGUAUUGCAAAUUACACAGAGCAGAAUAGACAAUAGUCACUCAGCCAUUUGAACCUGCUCCACCAUUCAGUUAAAUGACGGCUGAUCUGUACUCUUAUCUCAAUUUUGUUCCAUUAUAAAUUAUUGUUUGCCAACUUGACAUGUAAAACACAAAGCAGUUUGAUAAUACAAUGAAUAAUACUUCUUGUUCAGAAAUUCAAGGUGAUCAUGCUUAAGAUAAAUGAAUUUGUGCUGCUAGCAUCAUCUUGCUGUAGGGGAGUUUGCAUAUUCCAGAAAAAUGUUAUAUAUUUUUCUUUCCUUGAACUGUGACAGAAAUUUUCACCUGACUGCCCAUGAAAUGUGAUGAAGCGGAAGCACAUUUUCUUUUAUAAAAUGUAAUAUUUAGCAAACUUCAAGCAUUCGUGCUCUGGUUAGGAGCAAGAAUGCAUUGUUUUUAGUUCAUUUUGGUGAUGUACUUAUAAAUGUGCCAUGGAAUUUUAAAGGUGAUACUUUAAAUGACAACAGACAGGCAAUAUGCACUAGUAGUACUGUUUUUUUUACAUUAUACAUGAGCACCUAAGCCAUACAGACCAGGAAGGGCAAACGUUCCAAUUCCUGACUGAUCAGUUAACUGAACUUCACUACAAUUAGGCUCAGGAACUUUUGGUGGAGGAGCUGACAAAUCAGUCAUGGUUUCCAGUCGAGAUCGCUAAUGAUUCUCAAAUGUGUAUGUGUGAACAUUUAGUGUAGAAAAGAUUGAUGCAUUUGUAACAUUUGUCAUAGUUGAAUGUGAACAUGAACGUGACCAUGGCACAUGUGGCAGGUUAGCUUUUGAAUGACAGAACCUGAAGACUGGGAGUCUUCAUAGCAGUUUAUAAUAAGACUGUCAUGAGAACCCUGAAUGUUUUGUUUCUGUGAUACACAAGUGUAAAAUUGUGAUGGUAAAUGUGAAAAA